UUUAUGAUGGUAACUCCAUUCUUUUUUGCUUCCAGACAGAUACGAGGGUCAAAGUUUUCUGAGAAUACCAAUUAAAUAUGUAGUUUGUGUUUGAUUGCAGCGAUUUCGGUGAAAGAGACAUGAACCACUGUGAAAUGAAAAUAAAGCAGAUUCCAUCUCUCUGUCUUAGACUAUAGGUUCUAAUGAAUACAUCAUCAUCAUACUACAUUGCAUAUAAUAAUCCAUACGCCACAAGCCUCGCUGUAUUCCCCUAUUUAAAUACUUCUUCAUCCUUAUAUAGUACCCUACGUAUUCUCAAAACUCAAAAGGUGUGUUUCUUAAAGAAUUAGCAUAUUCACAACAUACACACACAAACAUUUAGAGAAAGAAAGAGAGAGAUAUGGAGUUUUAUGACCAGGAUUUCUUGGAGGAAUUAAUGACUCUAAGAAGAGAAACAUGGGACACCAAUCCAAGAACAGAAGAAAACCAGUUCUUUGAUGGUGGGAGUUUUGACUGCUUUGAUCAAAACUCUCUACCUUACCUUCCAAACUCUUCUUGUGGUCAAGAAGUUCCUCAAACUUACAAUAACGACUACCCCUUCAGUGAAAUCUAUGGCUGCUUACUUGAUGAAUCAUCACCACAGAUUAUGGAUUCAUUCUAUAGCACCCUUGAUACUCCACUCAAUACCCCUCCAUUUCUUGGUCAAGAGGAUUAUCCAAUAUUGUCUAUGAUGGAAGAAGAGGAGCAGGGUUUGCUUGGGGAAGAGCUUAAGAAUUUGGAGCUGCAAACCACAUGUAAAAUGGAGCCAACCCAAUCCUCUGAAAUGCCGGUUUUCAACAUGGGAACGGGUCUGGAAAGAAAGAACCGAUCAAAGAAGCUUCAGGGGCAACCCUCCAAGAAUCUAAUGGCGGAGAGGAGAAGAAGAAAGAGGUUAAACGACCGGCUCUCGAUGCUAAGAGCAAUUGUCCCCAAGAUUAGUAAGAUGGAUAGAACAUCUAUACUUGGAGACACUAUUGAUUACAUGAAAGAACUUCUGGAGAAGAUCAACAAUCUGCAGCAAGAAGUAGAAGUAGAUUCAAACAUGGCAGGCAUUUUCAAAGAUGUAAAACCAAAUGAAAUCCUAGUGAGAAAUUCACCCAAGUUUGAGGUGGAGAGGAGUGUGGACACCCGGGUGGAAAUUUGCUGUGCAGGGAAGCCAGGCUUGAUACUAUCUACAGUAAACACUCUGGAAGCAUUAGGCCUAGAGAUUCAACAAUGUGUUAUUAGCUGUUUCAAUGAUUUCACAAUGCAGGCUUCAUGCUCAGAGGAAUCGGAGCAAAGGACGAUGCUGAGUUCUGAAGACAUAAAGCAAGCGUUGUUUAGAAGUGCAGGAUAUGGAGGAAGAUGUUUAUGAGAAUUGAACAGAGGAAGAAGAGCUGCAAGUGCACUUAGGAUAGUUUUUUAUUCCUCAUAAGGAGUAUAAUUAACGUUCAUUGGUUUUGUUCUCUCACAUAUGCCUAUGACAGAGGCUAAUUUUUUUAAUAUCGAAUUGCCAGAGUAUGCUGGACUCGUCCGUGUGAUUCUCAGGCAAAAUUGCCAAUCAUAAAUGUUCAUGUGGAUAGUGGAUGUAAUAAUUCAAUUUAUGGACGAAAGCCUAGUUAUUAAUUGUCCCUGAAUCAAUGCAUGUGAAGAGCUCAAGCAAAAAUGUUAAGACAAAAAUAAUAAGAGAGUAAAGUUCGGGUUUUGUUUCUA